GGCCGCGGCCUGAGGUGAGCGGCUGCGGGGCCGCGGGAGCGGGCCCAGGGUCGGGCUCUCCCCGCUCGGGGGCUGCCUGGGAAGCCGCGGGGUUGAGGGUGAGGCUGUAAGCAGGCCCUGCCUUCCUCAGGUGCCAUGGACAAGAAUACAAAAGAGAACCGUUCUGGGAACCCUGUUCGUGUCCCUAAGACUGCAAAUGCUGUUGUGGAUGGCCCAAAACGUGUCCCUGUGUCUCAGCAUUCUGCCCAGAGCCGGCUAUUGAACAGUGGAGGUCAAGCACAACGUGUUCUCUGUCCUUCAAACUAUGCCCAGCGAGUUCCUGUGCAAUCGCAGAAGUCUGUAUUGUCAAACCAAAAACUGUCUAACAACCAGACAACACAGCAGCCCCGACCCAAAUUCCUGGUCCAGCCAAUGGCUAGACCCCAGGUUCCAAGCAAGACCAAUGAAAAACCUCAACAGGCUCCAGCACCUGCAAAAAGUUCUGAGGCAGAAAGCAGCUCCAAACAGAAAAAUGAAGAGCCUACGAAAAAGAAAAAUGAAGAGAAUAAAAAAAGACAAUGGUCUCUUGAUGAUUUUGAAAUUGGUCGUCCUCUGGGGAAAGGAAAAUUUGGAAAUGUGUAUCUAGCACGUGAAAAGCAGAGUAAAUUUAUUCUUGCACUGAAAGUACUAUUUAAAACACAACUUGAAGAAGCUGGUGUAGAACAUCAACUACGAAGAGAAGUUGAAAUACAGUCUCAUCUUAGGCAUCCCAAUAUUCUCAGACUAUAUGGCUACUUCCAUGAUGUUACAAGAGUCUAUCUUAUUUUAGAGUAUGCACCCCGUGGAGAAGUCUACAAAGAACUUCAGAAGCUUACCAAGUUUGAUGAACAAAGAACUGCAACUUACAUCACAGAACUAGCAGAUGCCCUAUCAUACUGCCACUCAAAGAAUGUGAUUCACAGGGACAUCAAACCAGAAAACCUGCUGCUUGGCUCAAAUGGAGAAUUAAAAAUUGCUGACUUUGGAUGGUCUGUGCAUGCUCCAUCUUCUAGGAGAACAACUCUGUGUGGGACACUUGACUACUUGCCUCCUGAAAUGAUUGAGGGAAGAACACAUGAUGAAAAGGUGGAUAUUUGGAGUUUGGGGGUUCUGUGUUAUGAAUUCCUUGUAGGGAAGCCACCUUUUGAAGCAGAAACAUACCAGGAAACCUACAGAGCUAUUUCCAGGGUGGAGUUCAAGUAUCCCGUCUUUGUAACAGAAGGUGCAAAGGAUUUAAUUUCAAAGCUCCUGAAGCAUAACCCAUUCCAUCGGAUGCCCUUGAAGGAUGUACUCGUUCAUCCCUGGAUUACAGCAAACUCUACAAAGUUGCCCAACAGCAGAAAGAGUGAUGUUACUGCCCCACCCAGAACACAGUCUUAACAAGGAUAAUCUCAUUGGAUCAACAAGCGGAGUUCUGUACUGUGACUGCUGUAAUACAAUAAGAAAAGCAGGUCUUGGAAUCCAGUGGCAAUAAGGAACACAAGUCUUUAGGUUGGUUGUCAUCUUGAACUCAAAUUGCAGCGUAAAUCUAUUUGACUUUUAGCUGGAGGUUGUGGAAUACUUAAUAUACUUGAAAUAUAACUACACGUGGGCCAGGUUUGUUAAGUAUUAUGCUGUUCAAGGCCUUUAUGAUGUGGUCUGUCAUGGUUAUAGAUCAUUGUUCCAAUACCAAGAGGCAGUUGUGGUUCUGUCUUAUUGAACAGUGCAAUAUCCCAGAGAUGCCUGCCUAUGAACUCAUUGGGCUGCUAAGGGUAUCAUACCUGUGGUGUAAUCUGAAACUGAGUCAGGUGAAUGCAUUUGUGUCCUAAAUGAUGUAUGCAUUUUGUCUCUAAUUUUGUCUUAAAUGUGAGCACUCAACUCUUAAAAUAAAGACUUGUUAUAUAUUGUUA